CCUCACCCUACCUGUUACCCAUGGAUGCCGUAGCAGCAGCGGCAGCUUUUCGCGGCGUCCCUUGUUUCCGACCCCCGAUGCCUUGGGCGCGCGCCGUGCUAGAGUACGACGAGUACACUCUACAUUCAUUCUGUUCUUGCUCAAACAAAACAAAACAACAUGCCACUGCAAAGCCCAUUGUUUGCUCACACCUUACCGCCUGAUCGCCACUUACUUGUGUCGCAGCAUCAGCAUGAAUCGCCUUUCGG